AUGAAGAAAGAAUCUCAUCCAAUAACGAUUUGUAUCUUGAUUGCAGGGAUAUCUGCCCCCGUUGUCUUUUUCGUAGACUAUGCCUCCAACUGCUUAUACAUGGAAGAGAUUGAAGGUUCAGUGACUGUUCGAGAUUAUAUUCAAUCCACUAUGGAGACCGAAAAAACUCCCCAAAGUCUCCUUGGCUUAGCCAAGACGGUUGGGCAGGUUUUGGCUCGAAUGCACGAUGAAGACCUGAUUCAUGGUGAUCUUACCACCUCGAACAUGCUGCUGAAACCCCCCGUGGGACAGCUGAACAUCGUGCUCAUAGACUUUGGGCUGAGUUUCAUUUCUGCACUUCCAGAAGAUAAAGGAGUCGACCUCUACGUGCUGGAGAAAGCCUUCCUCAGUACCCACCCCAAUACCGAGGCUGUGUUUGAAGCCUUUCUGAAGAGCUACUCCACCUUCUCCAAAAAGUCCAGGCCGGUGCUAAAAAAGUUAGAUGAAGUGCGCCUGAGAGGAAGAAAGAGGUCCAUGGUCGGGUAGAAGAGUCUGACAAGUACUGACGUGCUGGCCAUUUGCGUCAAAGGGAAUUUGAAGGAAGGCUCCGAAUAUGAGAUUAGACCUAAAUAAAGGCAUUG